AUGAGAGAGGUUUCCCUUCAGCACCCCAUUGUAUCGUCGUCAGGUUACAACAUCUGUGAACUCAUGCACAUGGGCAAGAAAAAGCUGAUGUCACUGAGUGUGGACAUGCUGCGCAGUAUUUGCGAUGAACUUGGUGUGGACGUCUCUGAUAUAACACAAAGACGAAAGAAUCCGUUUAUUAGUCGUCUUUCAAAGCUUGUAGCGAGUGCGGCUGUACCUCAUAAGCAGAUUAAUAAACUGUUUUCUGUUGACUAAUUAUGCCUUGCGCAUAAUUGUAUACAAGAUAACAUCAUUUAUUUUCUUUCGAAAAAAUCGUUUCAUUUGACCGUUAUCUUUUUUUAAAAGUGUGUUCAGUGAAGAGGUAGAUACACUAAUGGUAUGGCGACCACCUCAAGGCUGCCACCGAAUUAAACCAGCCAACCAGCCACGUAAUGUAAGCUAAUUACAGUUGUAUAUCCAUUCAAAGUUUUAGGGCUAAAAAGUUUGAAAUUGUCUCCGCAAGAAGCCAAGAAAAAUUCAAAGUAACAAAGCUUGACGUACAAGAUUGAUCAAAGAUCUACUUAAAUAUAGUUUUGUGGGGAAAUGGCCAUAUUGGAGUGAUGCAACGACCGUAAUUGUGCUAUUAAACGUAAACAUAUAAAUGUUGAUGUGACGUUUCCACUAGUAUACUGUGCAAACUGUGCACUUUGUGGGUGGUUGGGGAGAGAGAGUAGUAUGAUUGUUAAAUCCUUUCCCCCACCCCCUUCCCUCCUUUUUAAAUGUCGUAAAAAUGACAGUGCACAUUUUUAUUCUUCGGUGCCCUCUUUGGAAAAUUCUUAGUAUUUUUCAUCGAAUAUUGUCAAAAUUAAACUUUAUUUUCUCUAUCAAUGACAGACUGUAGUGUUGUUUGACAAGCGCAAUCAAUAAAACAUGCAAGUCGUAAAACUCAUAGUGUUUUUAAUAGUCGCAUUGGACAACAGAAUGAAGAGGAUACAAAACUCAUUGGAGACAGUUCCUGCUUGGUAGUACAUUUUUUUUUAGUUGUUAUUUACCUGAGCCCAUAGGGACGAGCUAUUUUGAAAGGUCAAAUAUCUUCAUGGAUUGGAAAAAAUAUAUUCCUAUUCCAGUGCGGCUACUUUUCACAGCUCUUGCUGAGUGACCCGAAACAACUUCCUGUAUGGUGCAAAAAUUAAUACUUUUGAACAUGAUGUAUUACUCAGUAAGUGACACAGGCAUAAUCGGAAAAAAAAUCCGAGUGCUUCAUGGGACAAACAUCCUGCAUACUGCUAGGAUUGGAAUGUCAUGUGUGGCAUACGCGCAAUGGAAUAAAUGUGAUGGAAUAUUUUUAAGCCUGGUGAAUAAAUGAGAAUGAUGUAUUAUUCAGUAAGUGACACAGGCGUACUCGGAAAAAAAGAAAUCCGAGUGCUCUCGGCCAUCAGGAGUCGAAACUAUCGACAUCGUGUCAGGUUAUGCCUAAGUAACACGAUGAGACCGUACGGGUAGUCAUCUCCAAUAGACUCGUUGGCUUUUAAAAAAACGCAAUCUUGCUAAAAUCAAUUCUGGUUCAAGUCCGGAGAGUUUUUUAGGACUUCGUGCGAUGUUUUAUAUCCUUGUUACACAGCGUGAGCAGUGUGACGAAAGCUGAGUAAGGGUAGAAAUUAGCCAUUGGAAGUUACUUUGCAAGUGCGUUCGUCUGCGCCGCAAAUCCCACCGACAAUAUUCAAGAACGAGCAAGACGUCGUUGUUAUGUAUGUCUAUUAACUUCGCCAACAACAUACUCUGGUUAUAUGGUUAAGUAGAUUUGUUUAUUUAGAGAACGAUGCAAUAUUUGCUUUUCGUGGAAACGGUUACUUCCGAUUGGUUUUCGACGGUACAAAAAUUCUCAUACUAAAUAAAAUCAAUUCUAAUUGAGCUAGAAUUACUAUUAAGGUUUUCUUUUUUUUUCAGCAAGUCAACUGGGAAACCUGGCACAUCUUUGAGUAAGAUAUUUUAAAAAUACGACUUAUUUAAAAUCAACGGAUGUAAAUAUCUGUUUGUUACUGUACUAAUUGUAGCUAAGUGGCUCGUGCGUGACGCAGAUUAGGGAGCGAGCCUGUGAGAUUUAAUUUCAGCUCGUGGUAAUUUUGGUGUUUCAUAGUUUGUUUUACCUGUGUAGACAAUAUUUAACAUUAAUAUAUAUUUUUAAAACGCUUCAAACCGCUAAAAAAGCAAAACCCUUAUGUUUUAUGUACAAACUUUGGCCGAGGAGUUAAUUUAUUCAAUAGUGCUUUGUUAUGUAGAGUUGUAGAUUUCAAAGGCGCUCAAUUUGGAAUUUUAUCAAAUUUUGAUCGGCGUUCAUGCAAAAGUGCUACUAGAUCCAAAAGAUUUAAAACCGUAGACCUAAAAAUCAAUGAGUGAACUGUCUUUGGUUAUAAUAUCAGAAGAUUUGAAGAACUACCGGUCAGCUUUUUUCGUCGCUGAGUUUGGAUUAUUUUACACCUUCGCGUAAAUGAGAAAAGUGUGUCUUCUUAAUAGGGUCUCAGUUCGCUCACAAAUAAGCAGAGAUAAAAAUAAUUCCCAUGGUUUGACUAAGGAAGAAUCAAUGUAUUCAAUUAUACUUAAGAAAGAUUCACAGCUAUGUAAACGUCUGUGUAGCGAGAAGCUGAAAAGUGUAAAAUUUCGAGUUUCCGCUAGGUGAAAUCCGAGCUUCCGGUAGGGUGACCGUUUUUCGUGGUUUUCUGCCGUUAUAUGGAAUAUUUCAAAAAACUAACCUCAUAUCCUUCAGUUAGUUACCUAGGCCUUCAAACUGACAAAGUAUGAGCGACAUCGAUUUUUUGACCGUGGCCACGUUUUUUGAAUUUUCCUUGAUUUUUACUGACAUUUACUCUUAAUUCGUGAGUUCGUAUAGACUUCCGUAAUAAGUUGUCAUACACCUUCUGUUCCAUCUCUUUUUGCGCAACCUUGGUUUUUUUAGUUAUAAAGUCUCAAAAAUAUCCAGGUCUUAACAAUGAAUCGUGCCAUGAUUUUUAAGACAAGCAUGGGAAUUUUGUUUUUCUCUUUUCUUUUAUACGUCCCUUUAAGGCCUUCAAAUGAAAAAUGAACAUUUAAAGAAGAAAGGAAAGCAAAUGCUCAUGUUAAUUUAGUCGCCAUGUUUAAUCUUUAAAAAAGCAUGCAGUUUAUGGAUUCACACUAGGUCACAACACUCUGGCGACUACGCUUACAAUUGUGGUUGCGAUUACGACGAUCGCGUCACUGGUGUGAACAAGCCUUUCUAACACUAAGAACUUAAUUCCUGAGUUAUGUUAUGAUAAGUUUCUGUGCGAUUGACAAUUUCAAGUCUGGCAGAGGCAGAAUUCUUAUUAUGAAAAGUUAGAAAAAGUUUUGUCAAAUUAUUUGUGAAAUUUGAACAGCAUUUAACUCUUUAACUCCCAUGAGUGACCAAGACAGAAUUUCUCCUUAAAGUAUCAGUACAAUAUCAACCAUAUAAGUGAUGAGAAUAUAAGAAUACUAUCAAUUUGGGGAAGAUUAGUUGAUCCAAUACUAAAUUCUCUGAACUAACAUCAUAAGAAUUGCAUGGUUGACAGUAAAGAGAACUACAAAUUGUAUCUGGGAGUUAAAGGGUCAAGCUUAACUAUAUAGUUGUGACAAAUUUGAGUAAGAGUCUAAAAUGGCUUGAAGCAAAACGUUAAAAUCACACAGUAUUUUACUCUAUUGUUUCCUUUUCUUGAGAUACAUACAAUGAACGUGCCAAAAAUCUAAGAUAAACUAAUUCAUUGAAUUCUUCUGGAGUAGAAGCAAUCAUAAUCUGUGAACGGAUUCCUCUUUCGCUCAAUUCCCAUAAGCUUAUCUUAAAGUAUUUAAAUGUUGAGAAUUCGUUCUUCCAGUUUAAAAAAGAAGGCUAUUCAAUCGGAGCAGAGUAAUUUUCGCUCUGUAAUGUAGAAAUUGUUCGAUCAGACAUUAUUUCCUGUCACGACGAUGGAAACUUUAGGGAAAACGGAGCAAAUUCAUGAGAGUGAAUUCAUUAUAAGAUCAGUGUGUUGUAAAAGAUGCAGUUGCUAGACUCUUUCAACCUUUUUGUGACAAUAUCCCCUUGAAAGGAGUCUGGCAGUAUGUACCAACUUGUAGGCACACCUUGUGUUGUGUGUGGGUUCUCUGCAUUUAGAGGUUUCCCAUUUUGUCAUUUAUGUUUCAUUCCCUUAAAGGAAAGCAACGACAAUCACGAGACAUGGGAGGUCAGCUGCGGAGCUUACAAGAGAAACCGAGAGAAAGUGACGAAGAAGAAAAUAGUUCACUCGAACGAUUGAGAGAGAUGGAGCAGCAGGUGACUCAAUUACAAGCACAACUGGAAGAGAAGCAUGAUCAGUUUGUAAACUCUGAAGCACGAGUGAGAAAGAUGGAAGAAGAGCUGACAAACGCUCAAGGACAAUUACAAGAGAAGCAUGAUCAGUUAGUGGCCUCGAAGACACAAGUCCGCGAGUUACAGGAACAAGUGACAAACUUACGAAGACAGUUACAAAAUAGAGAGGCAACACAGCAACUGACCAAUAUCCAAGAGCAACUACAGGGAAAAGACGAAGAAAUUGCUGGUUUACGAAAUCAAGUGACUGAACUCAAAAAGAGUCUCUCAAAAGCUCAAGAAUUAGCGUUAAGAGCACGUCAACCGCAGGAGUCACCUGAUUGGAUCAUUUCACGCGAUCAAAUUCAGGUGACAGAUAAAUGCCUUGGAAGGGGAGGCUGGGCACAUGUUGUGGAAGGAAAGUUUUGCGGCUGUCCCGUAGCUGUGAAAAAAAUCCAUGACUUGAUUCUUUCCAAUCACAACCGCAGUUUGUUUGUGCGAGAAAUGAACAUAGCUUCAAGAUGUCGUCACCCAUGUUUGUUGCAGUUCAUUGGGGCUACAAAUGACGAAGGAAGUCCUUUAUUUGUCACAGAGCUGAUGGAAACAAGUUUACGAGCACUGUUAGAGCGACCGCUUUCCGCUACUGAAUUGUUCGUUAUUUCCCUGGAUGUGGCUCGAGCAUUAAACUAUCUUCACCAGAAGCAACCAUCUCCCAUCAUUCACCGGGACAUCAGCAGUGCAAAUGUGUUGCUAUGGCGACAGGCUGACCAUUGGCGAGCCAAGGUUUCAGAUUAUGGCACAGCCAAUUUCAUGCGACAUACCAUGACAGUUGCACCUGGAGCGCCAAAUUACAGUGCACCUGAAGCAAUCACUCAAGAUCAAACCGUUAAGGUAUGUUUGAUUUAAUUUUUGUUUUUUUUUUUCCAUAAUGACCCUUGAGCCAAUGAUGUGUACCCUAAAAUUUUGUUCAUUUAACGCGAGGUUGCGGUCAUUAUCACAUCGUCAUAGACAUUAUCAUUACCACCAAGUUGAUUGCCGCUAUUCUGGUUAAUAACAUUGAAUUUACUGUAAGUUGUUUUCGAUAUUCAGGUUGAUGUAUACAGUUUUGGUGUUCUUCUUUGUGAGAUGUCGAUCCAGGAAUUUCCAAAUCCUAAUAAGCGUAAAGACCAAGUUGCACUUGUAACAAACCACGUGAUUCGAGAUCUCAUCCGGAGAUGCUUGCGAAAAGAGCCUGAGAAAAGACCGUGUAUGGAGAAAAUAAUCGAUGAACUUAAACAGCCAGCGUAGGACAAUUUUUGAUACUAUUGGUUGUGUACAUUUAGAUAUAAAGCGUUGAGGUAUUUCCUCCGAAAUAAUUUGUUCGAUAAGUUAAUUAGUUAGUCUUCAGACACGGUCAGUAUUAUUUUAUUAUGAUGAUAUAGAGAAGUCGUUCAUGAUAAAAUGCAACUAAAAAUGAGGAUAGCUUUUAUCGAUAAUUUGGAACUGUAUCAGCAAAAUGUAAGAAAAGAAAAAGAAAAAAAAAGCUAAAGUUUGAAUCGUUAGAGAAAUUUAGAAAGAAGUACUAUUAGUUGGAAUUUCCCUAGUCCACAAAGCAAUUCAAAAAUAGCAGUCGUCAUGAUGUGUUUUGUUAAAAAGCCUUAAAUUGUGAAAAUAGUCCAUUUGGAUGUGCUCUGCGCCCUUUGACAUUCCGCAUGCCUAUAAUGGUACACACAAGACGUUGAUGUGAUCACCAGAGCGCACAGGAUAAUUGGUCUUAGCACGUAAACCGAAAUUCGGUACAUAGGGCAAUUUCACAUCGGCUGUUUUGAGCUACGAGACCAUAUGCAUAAGGUGAAAAAGAGAAAGAUAAUCAGGUUCACCGUGAUACGAUUUUUUUUUGUGAACAUAGAUGAAAGAGAAAUACUUUAUAAACGGAACGGAACAUUUUCUCUCUAUUGUUUGAAGUUUAGACGUGGUAAACAUAGAUUUAUAUUGAGUAGAGGGGGUAAGUUUCUAAAAAACCCGUGGUGCUGCGUCGGUGGAGGAGUAUAACAGGGUAAUUUAGUAUUAUCGACCGAGCUGAUAACGUGAAUUGGCCACUGUAAAGUGUUCAAAAGCUGACGUUUCGAGCGUUAGCCCUUCGUAUAUCGCUCUGACGAAGGCUAACGCUCGAAACAUCCGCUUUGAAACUCUUUACGGUUGAUAAUACGAAAAUGCUCUAUAGAUUUAUAUUGGUAUGCUUUGUAACUUUUUUUGUAGGCUAUACAAAAAGACAAACUAACUCAAUCAAAAACUAAAACAAGAACAAAAAAACUUAACUACAAAACCGUUUGGUGGAGCUAUAAUGGUAGGAGUGCUUGUAGAAUAACAGAUCGGAUAGUUAACUGAUUACUUAUGUUUCUUACUGGAAAUCAGGUUUUUGAGCUGCAAAUAGGUCUAAAAUACGGCUUAAAAUUGUUGCCUUUUUUGCAAUGAAUUAGCAAUUUUCUGCAAAGAAGUACCUCUCUUUUGCAUCAUGUUACCAGAAAACUGCAUAUCUCCCAGCCAAUUAGAUUGAAGAAAGUUUGUCAUUUAUUUCAGUUAUUAACUGAAGCAUGAAAGAAGGCAGUGCUUUUCUUUUAUUCAAGCCAAAAGAGGGUGUUAAGAUAAAAUGUGGAAGUAACUCGAUUCAAACACAAAAGAUUUGCUAACGACACUGUAGAAACCCAUUAACUCGGAAUGUGAAGGGAAAUGAUGAACACUUCAAGAAAAAUCUUUGCAAAUGUCAAUGGGAACGGAAGGCGAAUGUGCGUGUUAUGCAUGAGAACAGGUUACUAUUUAACAACUAUUUAUCGAAGUGGAAGUGGAUAGUGGUGAAUAUUUACCGAACCGCGAUGAGGCGAGGUAAAUAUCCACCGCUAGCCACUGACAUUGAGGGAAUAGUUGUUUUUACCAUAUACUAAAACUGUGAGAUAAUAUAGCCCAAAAAGAUGAUUUCAACUCGCUUAUUCUUGCAGCAAUUAAAAUAUUUUCUAGUGCAAUCCCGCGCGAGUUGCUCGGCAGUGAAUAGCAAAGGAUGUUCGAACUUUGAGCGGCCAAUCAGAGCACGCCUUUAACACUAUCCACUGUUUUAGUAUUUACUAAAUUUUGUUAUGAGUGGAAUUUGUUCGUGUGAGAUGAUUAAGCUGAGCGCAUGCCUAAAAAAUUAUCUCGAUCACCAAAGUUGUGAAAUUUUAUGGGACAUGAUUACCAUACGCUAUCUGUAGCUUUGUUGCGAGGAUAGCUGACCUGUGAGCACAAAAAACUGAAGAUCCGCAUUUAAUGUUGUUAAAUUUUAUAUUGACUAAGGUAUUGCGCAGUAUCACUGCUAAUACGGUAUUGCUGUAGUAACAAAAGCAAUAAGUUUUGUAUCGUGAUCCAACCAUUGAGUAUAACUCAAACUAGGAAAAGGAAAAAAGAGAUAGCUUUAGACCUACCAAAAUUUCAACUCCACGUCGUCUCGUAUUUUUUCAGCGGUUGCUUGAAAUCCGUCGCAUUUUCAUCAAGUGCCGUAAGCGAGCCAACAGAAACAUCGUUGCAGAAUACACGGAGAUUCCGAGGUUCCGAAACCUACCCGUUAUUGAUUGAGGGCCAAACUUUGAAAGGCUGUAAAAGUGAUACGGCUAUACCGCCUUGAAAGGUGUCUCUCUUGCGAGUAAAACUAUGGAAGGAUCGCGAUACCUUUCACUAGUGCUUAUUAACAAUAGUUUGUAGUAAGCAGGGCAUGUUAUUAUAGUCAUUUGUUUUAAAGAGUCACUUUUCGUGGCAGAAGUUAAUCAAACGUAUCUGAAGUAGACUUCAUUCCCGAUUGCGGAACGAGUCAAUAAAGUGAUUGAUAAGAAACAAGUAGAGGCUCGCAUUAAGUCGCAGAUAAAAUGUAACUAACAAUUCUGUUGUUUUAUUAAUCGAGUACCGUUAUCUAGAACUUUUGGAUUUUGGAUAGAGAUUCAGCAAGUUGAUAGCGUGAUCAGACCUUCGAACAGCUGUGGUCUGAUCUCUCUUCCCUGCACCCUUUCCUAGUGGGCGUAGGCUUUCUUAAGGUGAAAUCAUUGUCUUGGAGAGGUCCUUGGCGAUCUUGAAUCCAAGCUCCGGUUAACUGUAAUUGUGAUUGUAAAGGAUGGGCGUAAAGGGAGGAGAGCGUUGUUAAGAGGCU